AUGACUGUUGUUCAUAUCGUUUUGUUCAAGUUCCGCGCGGAGGUUGAGGCGCAUAUCAGAGACAAAUUUCUCACUGAAAUCAAGACACUCAAGGUCUUGUCAUGUGUCAAGAGCCAGCGACUUGUUGUUGGAGGUCCAUCGAUAACAGAUCCUGCGUCCAAGAGCAAAGGAUUCCAGUAUGCGUUAGUGAGCUACCACGAAGACCGAGCCGCCUUGGCCGCGUACCAAGCAAGCAGUGAGCACGAAAGGGUCACGCAGACAUAUUUCAUUCCCUAUAAGGAGGACCUGGUUCGAUUUGAUUUUGAGGUGGAUCAAGUGGACGAGCCACUCCUGGGAUUCGGAGCUAUAUGCUAA